AGUCCUCGUCAAACGAUGUACGAAGUCGUACGAAUUCUUUCAGUUUACUUGGUUCAUUGUCGAGGCGUAGAUCACGCGGGACGAGGCGUCACACCGCACGACACACGAUGGAGACACGGUCGUAUGAAGCGUGUGUCAUGAACGGCGCCAGGAACAGAGGAGCGGCGAAGAGAGGGAAGCUGAUGGGCAACGACGAUCCAGUUCAAAUCGGAAGGACACUCUCACGCGGAAGAGAGACACGCGAUCGGAGGUCGAACAGCACGGUGCAGCGGGAGAGAAGGCACCGGUCGCGUUACUUUUAUGAUUACAACGUGCAGAAACGCAUACAUACCCUACACACAGUAGCCGUGCGACAAGAGAUUGGCAGAUGGCGUCACAAUCAUCUGGAUGGUUCCAUUUCGUAUUCCUUGCUUUCUCCAGGGGCUGCCAAUUUGGGAAUCGGCAUGAGUCUUCUUCUCGAUCGUCGUCUUCCUCCUCUUCCUGUUCCUCUUUCCUGGAACUUGGCUGCUAAAGCCGAGGAUGUCCGUCAAGAUAAGUUUUUUCCAUCUUUGAGUUGACCAAAAUCUCGCUGGUCUCGUCUGUUCUUCUUUCUCAAAACUCUCACCCUACUUUCUAUAUAUCCUGCACUCUAUCUCUACCUCUGUCUCUAUCGAUUCUUACUUCUUUUCUCGAUUCUUCUUCAACGUCGCACAAACGUUCACGAAUUGACUACUUUUUACUUUUACUUUUUUAUAAUUAGUCACGCUAGGAGCAACCUCGCGUCGAAGGUGACGUGUUCCUAAGUUAACAGUUGCUUUUUUUCACUAGCAUGGUCAGGAACACGUUCUCUCUAACAUGUUUCGAAACCUUUUAAAUUCACGAGGUUGCCCUUAAUGUAAACAUGUGCUUGUUUCUUUAAAUAGGUCUUUUAUUCGGUAGGUCUAACUCAGAGUUGUUUCGUAGUAAGUAAAACUUAUUCCUAAAGGGUUGCCAAGAAGUACGCGCGAGCGGGGUUUGACGUGGAGAUAGACAAAAUCUUAUUCGAAUAACGAAUUACUAUUUAUGACUAAUUAUAGAUAACGAAUAAGAACCUAUUUAUUUGCGGCGUUUACUCGAUUGAACGGUUAAUGUUCUAUUUAUUUAUCGUGAAAUAUUUUAUCUUUAAUUUAAAUUCUAAUUUUUAUUCAACGAGUAACGGAUAAGAGGAUAAGAAUUUUGUCCAUCUCUGGUAUCUGUUUCCACGUCACACUUCUUUUCACGUGUUUCCCCAUAUGCACGACAAAUUGAUCGACGAUCAGGGAUACGCCAAUCUUUUCUUUAAAUCUUUACUCGAUAGUAUCACUCUCAGCCAUACUUUCGGCUUUAAUUUUAUCGAUCAAUUUAUAAUUUGUACAUAGGGUUGUGUACACGCAUUGACGUGUACACACGUAUCGAUGUUUCAUUAAUUUUAUUGCGCGUUCCGCGAAACGAGCAUUAUCUCUAUUGGCGAGUUUGCACGGGGAUUAAAAUUCCGUUCUCAAGAGCGUGUCCUAUCGAUUCAAAUUCAACGAAGCAAAUUUUACUUAUCGUGACAAAACUGUACAUAGUAUAUAUCGACAGAAAUGGUGAAAAGAAUUCAUUCUUAGCCCAAGUAAAUGUAUCGUUGUUCUCUCUAUCUACACGAGGCAGUCUUGUAUAACGUUAGAAAGAUAUGGUAUUUUUUAAAUUAAAAGAAAAUAUGCCAAUGAAACUUGCAAAUCAAUAUUUAUUAGAUUUAUAAAAAAAGGAAUGUGUUCAGUCAGAGAGGAAAAUCAGAAAUGAACUUAGUUACGCCACUGGUGCCAAGUGUACGAAUUCAUCUUUUAAAAACAUAUGUUUACUCGUCUUUGAGGGAAUUCUUUUCGCAUGCACACGGUAACCUUACACACCCGUCGACGAAAUUCGAUCCUACUCUCUUUUCCUUUCUUCUCUAUCGUUUCCAAGAAGUAGUACGAAAAGCGAGUUUACUGCUAUUAUUGUCGCAUGACAGAAUGUAUGCUGACCGCUGUGGUGACCUUACGUACGACUGGCUCGUACGCGGGCAGAGAAACCACGCAUACACGCGCCACUUUGGCCACGCCCUUAAAGCACGCGAGACAAAUACUCAGGAAACGAAAUUUUCUUUGCAGGAACUUUGGCUCCGUGAUUCGCGCUUCGAGUUUGCGAGGAAUUUAACAGAGAUGGGACAAAUUCUCGCCUAGACCAGAAGUUACGAGUAAAAGAUCAACAAACGAUAUAAAUGAGUGUAGCACAAACGCCAGCGUGAACGUCAAAAUCAUGUUUAAAAAGAUUAGCUGUUCGACAAAGUUGCAAUCAAUUUUUGUUUCGGGUUGAUUGAAGCUUAUUCAAAUGCCUCUUCGAUCGAAUACAUAUCGCAAAUAAAUCGGUACGGCGAGGUUUCUCCCUAUCUCUGGAAUGCAACUGCGGGAAUGGACGUGGUCACGAGGGAAGGGCAUCGAGUUAUAGAAUAACUACGAGUUCAUUAGGGGAUCCCCUGAAACUGGGAGCAACGACGACAGAUCUACUCCUUUAGAUGGCGCUCACAGUCCGGCUUGGUCAUUUUUGGUCAGUUUUUUCGCCUGGUGGCAGUACCAACUUUGUGGAAGGGAUCAUCCUCAUUCUCUCGAUACACUUCGUCUGGAAUAUCGAAUACUCAUUCAUGGACAUUUUUAACAGUGGUUUCAAUAAUUAGUACAUAUUCGUUCACUUUUAAACAUCGUUGUAAUCCCCUUCCCCAUUGUACCUAUACUUUGUCCAGUGAGUCGAGGCACUCGAUUAAACGAAACCACAUGACCGGGACAGGAUCAAAAUGGCGAAAGCUACAUCCAGGAAUCUGUAAAAAAAAAAAAAAAACGAGAUUACUGUUUGUCACGUCACAUGGUUUUUUUUUUACCAGAGUUCCUCGACUUUGUACGAAGUAUAGGGUUACGUGACCCUCGUUUAGCUCUCGCUUGCCUCUGUUUUGAGAUUCUCGACUUACACUGUACUUAAGUCUCGCGUUGUAUAGAGAAGUCAUGUUUCAUGCGUUAUUCCAGUCGAAAUUCUGAUUGCAAAACGAAGUAACGCGGUGGCUCUUCUGAAAAUUUUAGUAGAAGACUUGUACACAGUUGUGCAUCGUUCGGUUCACACGAUGAAUUUUUGUAAAUAAAUUCGUUUUACAGUUUCUAGGAAGACUAAAGAUAGCUUUGGUACUUCUGUCUGAAGGAAAGGACGAAGAACGUCGCUGUACGCUGGAUAACGCGAAAGUUAUCCAGAGGUACUGGUGCCGUCAGCGAAUGUCUUCUCUGCUGGCGGUGCUAAAUGUCUCUGAAUAACUUUUACAUCGAAUCCUGUAUACAGCACGUUUGCAGGUCUACAUAUACCCGUAGUGUUCACUGUUGAUCAUUCAGUACUUAACUCUGCAUCCAAUUGUACAUUCGUCGAUAUUUCUAUGUCUAGAUGUUUUUAUUUUGUAGACGGAUCUCCACGACAAAUAGGCUGCUAGUAAAUCGAAGAUUAAAUUGUUUAUGUAUACACAUGUAUUUUGUCUUAUUCUGGAUAAUUGUUUUAUACGUAAAAGACACUCGAAGUUAUAUUUAUCUUUGUCAAUUCCAAUGACGAAAAGGCAAAACUAAGAGCAAUCAACUUAUUCGUUAUCGUUCCACCAUAGGCUCCCCUGUCGUGAUUAUCUUCGAGAUUAAGAACCAACCCUCUGUUCUUUUUUUUUUUUUUGUAUCAUAACCUGUACUCGAUUCAUUCCAGAUAUCGAUCGAUCGUCGUUAAUGAAUUGAAUUACGAAAGAAUAUUUCGAACGACUGAACAGUGGCGUAAUCAGAAAUUUCAAACAGGAUUAGGGGUAGGAACAAUUAUUUUAUUUUUAGUUUCAACAUUUCGUGUACGUUCUGUAAAUAUUGGAAGAAAAUUUGUUAAUUCUGAGAGUGUACGACCUCUCGACCCUCUGUUUGCGCCACCGAGACUGAAUGCAGAAGAGUCGGAACGAACGAAGCGAAUUGAUUUUCGACACGUUAUUCGUGAUCGUAUACGUACAAAAAUAUCGACCUUGAUACACGAAUGUUAUACCGAACGAGAUAAGCUAAACGAAAUACGACUUUGCUGAUAUCCUUUACAGUGGAAUAGAGCUUUUCUCUCUCUAUCUGUCCCCGAACAGAUAUGGAGUGUUGCACACUAGACGGUUCAACCACGAAGGAUGCAAUUCCACGCUCAAAAAUACAAAAUACUAUUUUCUAUUCCACCAAACUACUCCGAGAUUUAUUUUUAAACGUGGAAUCCCUCCUUUUAAGAUUGUACCGCGCAUUACGAGACACCCUAUAUAUAAACGAACGCGAUAUUUAUAUAUAUAUAUAUAUAUAUAUAUAUAUGUACAUAUUAAUAGUAACAGAUAAACUGCAACGAGUUCAAUGAACCGAGAAAAGCGUGCUGCGUUGGUUUCGUUCUGCAGAGCUUGAAAAAUAGUCUCCACGAACCUAUUCAUCUAAAGCCACGUUCCUACGUGUGCGAUGCUAGCAUAUGAUUGUGACGAUUUUUCGGUGCGAUGUUCCUUCGAUGUGCGAUAUUUUUUAAUACUUGAACGGCCUAUCAUAUUUUGGGCUGACUAUACUUUUGUGCGCACAGCAAACCACGUGGGAAUGUGGCUUAAGACAUUACAAUAGGGCAAUGAAAAGUUUGAUAGCGUUCAAACAUUUUUUUCUAAAGACAGAAUUAGUUUUCUAUACAUAUAUUUGUCUUCGAAUAAAACGCAAAAGCUAUCUAAUUUCACAGUCGAUCAUAGGACAUCAAUCUCGGGAACGAAACCAUAAAUCAUCUUAGCAACGGAUGACAUUACAGUGCAUAGCCAGUGCAGAAUACAUAACGAAGUCGUAAAUUAAGCGUUCGAUGGCCGAAAUAAAAUUUGGAGAUUGAAUACUACUCGAGAACGUCUUGAAAGAGACUCAUACGAACCUCUGAGAUGCCAAAUUGAUUAAUUCCUCGAGUCAAUAUUCCUCAAGAGAUUAAUACAACUUUUUCAAUCGGUUUGGCUCCUGGGUGUCCCCAUGUAUCUCUUCCAUCGACCAUACUAUACUAUUCGAUACAAGUGGGCGCGUAACGGAAGGAAAAGAGGCGUUGAAUUACGACCUCAAGUGUCCGUUUUUAGUCAAACGUGCGCAACCUGUUCGAACUAGUUUUCCAGCCGCACCGUGAUUGGUGUAACUAUUAAAAAAGCACGCAUGUCAAUCGCGAUAUACGCCUGUGCGUAAAUGUAUAAUUUCCUCUCGAGAGCCGCAAGACUGACAUAACUGAACGCAAAAUACACGGACUAUAUGUAAAUAGCGUGUCGUUACGAAACGUGUGGAAUUGAGUUUCGAUAAAUCUUUCCAACGUUAUGCAUAGCGUUUAUUAACUGUACGCCGUCUUCCUAACUUUCUUUUUUUUUUUUUUUUUUUCUUUUGAACCAAUCAACGAAUCGAUUCGAAAGCUUUGUGCGAAACUCUUUUCUCUGCCACCUGGAGGCAGAUUCAGCGUUAAGUUUAAAAAAAAAAUUCGUUUUAGUCUUCGCAAUACAGCACGAAGUUCCCCUUUGCACGAAACUUAUACAACGUGUUAUCGGUUUUAAACUUCCCCGUUUCUUUUAUUCGCCUCGUGUAGAGUUACAUUAACCUUUUAACUGCUGCGUAUACUCGAUAAUUGUGUAAGAUUUUUUUUACUCCUUUAUUUAAUUGUUUACAUGAUUAUUUAUAAGUACAAUUAUUUGAAAGAAUAAAUUGUGAAAUUAAUCGAGCAUAGAGGCUUUAACUUGUUUACUGAUUAAUUCAGCAGUGAAAAGGUUAAAGCAUCGUUCGUCGUGUCGUAUUUUUAGGUAGAGAAUGUCCUUUAUUUUUAGCGUCCGAUGCCCGACAUUAGCCUUUAGGUCUUUUACCGAGUGUUAAUUGUUACUGUUAUAUUAUCGAUUACGUAUCGAUUUCUAUUAAUCGCUGUUAUUUUUAUUUUUUAUUAACGAUACUACGACUGCGGAUGAUGUAUUGUUGUACAAAACGAACGCGUCUGUUCUUUAUCGGAUGAUACAAGAUGCUCAUACAUAAAUAUAUAUAUACAUACAUAUAUUCAGGAAUCGAAUUGUAAAUAUGCUAACGUGUUAUGUAUAAAGUAAAUAGCAAUAAAAUAUUUCUAAGUGGGAAGUGUUACAAUGCCGUGUCAUGUAUUCUUCCCUUACCUCGUGUUUUGUUUAAAAAAAAAAAAAUGUUUACGCUUUUAAGAUAAGAGAUAAGAAGACUCAUAGGAAAAUAAACAAUGUGAAUCAUCCAAUAAAGAAAAAUCAUAUUCGUAGAACUUUUGUAAAGCGUUAUGUUCUUGCAAUGUAAAAUCGUAAUGAACGCGCCCUCUAACGUAAACUGAUCGCACGCUAUAGAACAGUGUUCACCAAAGCAGAGGGCGCAACUUCCUGGACCUAGCGUCUUCAGGUAAACAUGCAAAAAUACAAAUGGAUUAAAAUUGCAAGAUAAAAAUGUAGGCUACAAAGGGUCGAUGAAUGGUCGAUUCAUUAAGUUAACGAUAUUACGCUAUUCUUGACUAACGUUUCAUUCAAUCAUAGGUAUUUUUAUAAAUUUGAAUACUGACAUGAAAAAAACAAAAGUGAUUCGGGGCUUAAAAGAGCAAGCCGGUUUAACAGGUUUAUUCAAUGCCAUCGAGUGUUAUGACUUCCACUUUGUCACAGUACUUCACCAGCUAUCGAUAUUCCAGAUACUCUGCUUUAUCGUGAUUGUACAAACGUGUAUGAAUAGGAAACAAUACUCUUAGAUUCAUUUAUACGAAUUAUGGUACGAAAAUGAUAAAAAAAGUUUUCAACAAAAUUGCGGAUGCCUGGAACUUCCUUGACUCCUCUAGUCUGUUGAUUGUAGACGAGUUCACAGUUUCCUUCCCCCACCAUGGACGAUUGCAGAAAAAUGGAGAGGCAUACAAAAGCCACGAACCAAGGAAGAUACGAAGUAGUCAUCGAGCCACAAGAAAGAAGCGUGGCGAUUCGAGGGUACCGUGGAUAAAAAGAAGUCUAUCGAACGACGAUGUUGUCACAUCCCUUUGUGUCAGCAGUGAUAUCGUUCCUAUUGAUCCUAAGUGUUGCUGUAUCCUGCAGUGCUCGAGAUGAAGGUGACGCGUGCACCGCUGACGAUGCGCCUGGUAUUUGCAAGCGCCUACAAAACUGUCCAUCGGUUUACGAGGAACUGUUGAAAGGAAAUGUGCCGCGCGAGUCGUGUGGAUACGCUGGUUUCGAGCCAGUCGUCUGUUGUCCAAACGGUAAAGCUACUACAACCACGACGACUCAAAGGACAACGCCAACUGGAGCUCCUGUUACAUCGCGUGGUCCCUUGGAUGGCUGGGGUGUCGUAGCAAAAUCAAAAUGUGAAAAGUACGCAGGGUCGGUGUACGCAAACGUGGUAUCACCUGCGUUAUCGACCAAAGAGGAAACCGUAAAUAUAUCCCUGUGCGUGCUUAAAACUCAGAAGCUUAUCGUCGGUGGUAAAAAGGCCGACCCUAAAGAAUUUCCGCAUAUGGCUGCUGUCGGAUACGAUACUGGUAACGGUAACAUCGAGUGGUCCUGUGGCGGCACUCUGAUUUCAGAGAGAUUCGUCUUGACCGCGGCGCAUUGUCUUUACAAUAUGAACUGGCAAGUCGCCGCGAGUUGGGUGCGAUUAGGUGACCUAAACCUUCAAAGAAUGGACGAUGACGCAAAACCACAGGAUAUCAAAAUUAUCACGAGGAUAAGGCAUCCAAAGUACAAACGUCCUUCUCAGUAUCACGAUAUCGGGCUCCUCGAAAUGGAAAAAGACGUAGUAUUCGACGCAUGGAUAAGGCCCAGUUGUGUACCUUAUUCUUUACCAGAUACCAAUUAUAACGACAAAGCAACCGCGACCGGGUGGGGACGGGUCGACUGGAACGAGGACGAAGGCUCGAACGAUUUGUUGAAAGUCACGAUCAGCUUGGUGUCUCAAUCUGUGUGUAACCGAAGCUUUGGUUCAGAUCCUGUGCUAGAACGUGGUAUCGUAGACGAGUGGCAAAUUUGCGCUGGUGAUCUCGGAAAAGACACUUGCCAGGGUGACAGUGGUGGACCUCUAACCAUUCGAAACAGCGAUUACAACUGUAUGUACAGCGUAAUUGGUGUUACAAGUUUAGGGAGGCUUUGCGGUAGCAGCUCUCCAGGAGUAUAUACUCGCGUUUAUAAUUACAUUCCAUGGAUAGAGAGUACCGUUUGGCCAAACUCAUGAUACUCUCGGUAAACGUUAAAUAAAUACAUUUUUACGUUCAUCCAUACAUCAUUUCAUCGCUUAUAUAAAUUACCCAUAAGAUUUACGAGAAAGGCUGAUAAGAAAAAUGUAUAUCUAUAGAAGAGAAAAUGUAAAAUUUCGGAUACGUUAGAAUUAAAGAUUUCUGGCAAUA